UAUAGUUGAGUUUGUGGCUGGAUGCGGAUAAAAUCGCGUUUAAAAAUGGAAUCUGAAAAUUUUACAAUUUACACAGUAAUAGAUUUAAUUGUAUCUAUUAUUGCUAUUAUUGGCAACCUACUAGUCAUUAUAAUAGUUUUAAAGGACAAAAAUACAAAAACAAGGAUGUUGUACUACAUUCUCUCAUUGUCUUUUGCCGAUUUACUAUCUGGGGUCGUUGCGAUUCCAACAGGUGCCUUGAUUGAACAGGAUAUUGAGAUUGGACACUACUCUUGCUUAUGCAUGAUAUCCACAGUCCUUUCUACAUUCUCUAUUUCAAAAUUUUCAAUCUUGGCGAUAACUAUUGAUCGAUACAGGGCAAUUAUUCACCCGCUUUCUUAUCGAUUAGUUCGUAAAUCACCACCAAUCACUAGUAUUGUGUUCUGUUGGAUUACUGGAAUUACUAUAGGAGCACUCCCACUUUUUGGAUGGCGAGAUAAUACAUUGGACAAUAUUAAAGAGCAAUGCACUUUUUCAAAAAUUAAAUCUACUUCCUAUUUCUUAUUUCAAAAUAUAACAUCAACAGUCACACCAAUGAUAUCAAUUCUCUUGAUUUAUGGACUUAUAUAUGUCAAAGUCAGAAAGAUGAAUAAUAAAAAUGAUGAAUCAAAGAAUGAGAACGAAUCACAAACAGAACAGGCAUCAUUAAAUACUAAUAGUUCCUAUCAAAGUACACAACGACGAGAGAUUAAUGUCACAUGGAACAUUUUAAUCAUUGUCUCGCUAUUUUUUGUAUGCUGGAUACCACUAAACGUUCUUCAUUUAAUAGAAAAAAUUUACGAUGUGACUGACAAGUACAAGACACUUCUCAUGAUUUUCAUCAUUCUUUCGCAUUCAAACUCAGCAUUAAAUCCUUUCCUUUAUUCAUUUCAAAUAAAGACGUUCAGAAAAUCUCUAUUAAGUGCCUUCCGUAUACAAAGAACUAUUUAAACAUUAUUCAACUAAUCUUGCGUGUUUCUAAGUCAUUAGAAUUAAGAAUUUGAUGUACAAAAAUAGCAAGGGGAAAUAACUGUAAAAUCUUCUCACAUACACCUGUAUUUACAUGCUUUUCCCUCAUUUUCCCACAUUAACAUGUAUAUACCAGUAUAUCUUUAUUAAAAAGAAUAGCUAGCGUUUUUCAGCAGCUGAGACAAUCAUUAAG